AACGCCAGCGUGCUGCUCUCGCUGCACUCUCUGCACUCUCCAGCGGUCUCCGAGCGCGAGAGAAAGAGGAAGAUGAUAUGUUUUCAGCUAAACUGGCUACAUUAGUUUAAGAAAUGUAUAUUGAAGCGUAUAAAAUACGUACGUACAUGAUUUCCAUACGUUUAAUAUGCGUAAAUUUCUCGAAUUAGUGCAGCCAGUUCGGUUAAAAGAAACGGACCAAUUAGAUCACUUCGUUUAUCUUCAGUUCAAUAUGGAGGUAUAAGCGGCGGUACGUUACGCUGCGAAGGACAAAUUUCUGAUCGUUUUUCUUUUUUUACGUUGUACGACGAUCAUAGUACGAUAACACUUGGUGGUUUUUUCUUCAGUAUUUCGCGCUCUGCUUCGAAAUUUUCAUCAUGUACCUGAUAUACCGCUUAUUCAACAGCGUGAUAUUCGCGAUGCUGAACGUGACCGUCGUGUUGUACAUUUGUCAACGGUUUUUCCGAGUGAUGAGAGAACAUUAUCAGAUCAUGGCUGAGGCGGAGAGAUUCAAUACGAUCAUUUCCGAGUCGCGUGCGACGCUUGCUUAUAUCGGCUCGAAAGUGUCCGCGGGAAUGGAUCAGCUGAAAGAAGACAUCGCCAAGGAAUUGUUCAUCACUGAUCAUUUGACGAGGCUUAGCUCGAAAGUAGGUCUGUUGAUGCAACGUUACUCUGAACUGGAAGAGGAACUGAUCGAGCUCGUGCGAAUGGGCCACAACACGAAGAGCGUGCGGAUCGAGACGCCCGUUGACAUUAAUGAGGAGGUGAGGAACAUCCUCACGGCGGCGAGGAGGAAGCAAUCGUCGCAAUCGGAGCAUCCGCGUACGCCGAAGAAGCUGCGGAUAUCGACCGCCACUUCCGGGACGACGAGGGACCCUCCUCCACUGCAGAGCACCAUCGCCGAGUUCAUCGCGUCGCAAUCGUACGAUCUCUGCGAUCUCUCGCACGUAACGACGUCGGAGAGACAGGAACGACCACGUACGCCCGUUUAUCCGGAAGUGCAGCUGCUGAACAACGCCCGACCGGCAGCCGAUGCGAAGCCCAUUGGCUUCCGGCCGUCGUGGAAGUGCGAGGCUUGAGUCGAUUCCCGGAGUAAGUCACCUC